GUCCAGGACUUCCAUUCACUCUUUUGUGACUAUGUUACAGUAUUGUAGGAACCAGAUAGGAACCGUGGUUGUUCACAAAUCAUUUGCUCCCUGGUCCAGGGCAGUAGUACCUGGUCUGGCCGGCCAUGGCCGGAUUAUUGAGUUGAAAAAGUUGACCCACCCAAUUUGUGCAAGAUGUUGUUCAAGUUUCGGCAAUAUAAUAGCGUUCAUACUAAGUUUCAGACACCAACAGAUCUUUGAACUGGUAUGGCUGUGCCGCACUCCUCACCAUCGGCUUCAGCUUCCAGCAGGGAAUCGAAACCCUUUGGCUUUGUAUCACUCCCUGCCUUCAACCUCCCGACUGCAUGCCUUCUUUCCAACACAAUCAUGUACAUGCGGGUGGAGAAAAUAUCCAAGACGGCAUGCAUCACGGGAAUGGCAUGAUCACGUGCCUGUAGCACUAACGACUACGUUAGUCCACUAAUCACUAUGCCGCUGUCUUGGUGAUACUGUACUGGUAGCCAGAGCCUGAACCGCAAAAUCAAGGAUUCCACUCUAUACCUGCUAUGCUGAGGCUGCGCUGAGCUAGCUGAGGCUGAAUAGUGCCGCUGGAAAUGGAAGUAAUACUAAUAAUUAGUUCUACUGCGUAAAAAUAGAACACGCCCGAAACCAUCGCUGCAGCCAGCAAGAUUUUGUAAUUUUGGUCCGCCUUUAUCAUGUUUAUGUCUUCCCUAGAUUCAUUAGCUUUGUGAAGGCAUUCGCUCUUCAUUUCGGAAGAACGUUGGGAAGCUGGGGUGGGAUUUGGCGCUGCGGAUCUCAAAAAUGUAGUCAUCAGUCUCGCUACGUAGAUCUACACGUCUGUCGGUGCUAGCGAAAACGAGCAACCCCUUGGCUUUCGGAUGUUGAAAUUCUGAGCAUGGACAGCAACAGGGAGAGGAUAGCUACAAGUACUGAAAUGUUCCAACCGGCUUUUCCGACGUCCGGCCAUGCCUAUGGUAGCGCUCUGCCAGCCCACUCACAACCGCUAUGGUCGCCUGCAAGCAGCAUUCAAACGGUGUCCCUGACAGCCCUAAUGGAUCAUGGGCACGCGAGCGUUAGUGCUCAGGACCAAGGCGGCAACACUGCCCUAGCCGUGGCUGCCAGUGCAGGCCAUGAGCAGGCUGUCCGGUCGUUACUGAAGCGAGGGGCGGCGGUGAACGCCAGAAACAGCCUGGGCACAACAGCACUGAUAGAGGCCUGUCGCCAGGGCAAUGCAAACAUUACUAAGCUGCUGCUACAGAACAAGGCCGACCCAUCGGCACAGAAUGCCGUCGGUGCUGGCCCGCUGUCAAUAGCUUCCAGCAGUGGACACGCCGAGAUAGUGCGCAUGCUGAUUGACUCUGGAGCCGAUGUGGAGGGGAAAUCGACUCACGGUGAGGGCACGGCCAACAGUAGCAGGCGCAAUGCCAGCAGCGUGUGUCCGCUUAUCAUGGCUUGCUACGGCGGGCACAAAGCCGUGGUGGACCUGCUGCUGCACAGGGGAGCAGAAGUGGACUGCAAGCUUGGCGACACCGGCUGGACGCCUCUAAUGGCCGCCGCAGCGUGCGGCCACGCGGACGUGUGUCAACUGCUAUUGCAGCGCGGCGGUGCCGAUGCGGAGGUGACCAACAUCUGCGACUGCAAUGCACUGGACUUGGCCAUUCUCACGGGGCAUAGCAAGGUACAGAAACUGCUGGAGAGACAUACACGUCGCCAUCAAGGUGAAGGUUUAGAAGGCGACGCGAGGAGAAAUAUAUUUGACGCUGCCAAAGAAGGUGAUCUACAGCUGCUCCAGCACAUUGUGUCUAAGAGCCGACAACAAGCGUCAACAUGUGAUGCGGACGGUGCCACUCCGUUGAUGUUUGCCGCCAUACGUGGCCAUAUCCAGGUAGUCGAGGCACUCGUCAAAGCUGGAGCGAAUGUCAAUGCCCAGGAUCUGAUAAGCUGUUGGACAAGCUUAAUGCAGGCAACAUACUAUGGGCACACCGUAGUUGCUGAGUACUUGGUGGAGAAUGGAGCCGAUGUCAAUCUGAAGGCCAGGGAUGGAUCGACGGCAUUUGAAAUAGCGCAGAUAGUGGGUGACACAUUUCUCAUUCGUCUACUUGCCAAGCACAGUCUGAAACCUGUCAAGAAAGAUGCUGAGCAAGCAAGCCUUGCAGGUGGCAACAGCAAGAAGAGGGCACUGUUCUCCAAGCAGUGGUCACGAACAAGUCAGACUUCCACACAGUCUUCUCUGUCAGGGACCAACGAAGUCGGUAGUGCCGAUCCUCUUCCAGCAUACAUUGGAUCUGCUCACAAUGGAUCACCUCACAGCUUCAAGAAAUGGUUCUUAAACUUCUCGUCAAAGCUGAAGAAAGCCACAAGUAGCAAAGUUGCCGAUGGAUCCAGCAUGAUGGAGGCCGCUGGCAGUUCACGACCGCUGUCACCCAGUACCAGUGCUGCACAGGCGCAUCAACGGCGAAAUCCACCUCAGCAGCACAGGCAGCUGCAACUGCCAUGGGGAAACCAUGAACAUGGUGGCGCUCAGUCGAUACCAGCUGACAAAUCCUCACCGCAUGCUGCUCCCAUUGGCGGUGCGGCCAACCGAACUCCAGAGUUUCCCCCAAGCUUUGGAGUCGACGAUGAAGGCAAGGGCUCGGCUGAUCUGUUAGUGACCGACCUUGUUGGGCCACCGCACACUGGACGUCUUCCCGCAGACAUGCACACACCCAUUGUACCGCCACUGCGGCCAAGUGCCGCAUUCAGCCAUGGAUAUCGGCACGGCAGCACCGGUGAUGGGCAUGCCCCUCAUGCAGCUGCGGCUUCUGUAUCGCCGCCACUCAAGCAUUCAGCAUCCCCUGAAAAGAAGUCCCUGGUCAAGCGGGGCGUAUCGUCAACUUCGCUAAACAGCAGUGGCGGAUCCAUGUCGAGACAAACUAGCAUGGUGAGGCCCAGUCGCCGUAGCUCUACAAGCGGCAUUGGCACGACGACGGGCAACAGCAGCAGCGUAGCAUCACCACUGCCGCCGCAGAAUCCUAGCAGUCCGGCACCAAGGACUGCCGCGGGGCCCAGCAACUCACAAGCCCAUCGUCAUCUCACCGUGCAACUGGUUCAAGAACGGAAUCGCCAAGCAGAAGUGGCAGCUGCAUCCAAAUCACCGGCGCAAGCAGAUUUGUUCUCUCCAGCAGCCAACGCUAAACAAACGUCUCUCGACUUUCUGCCACAGCCAAAGCAACAGCAGCAGCAGCGGACCAAUGUCAAAUCUCGCUAUGGUGCACAGCCCAGUUCCCCAGUAAGUGCCGGCGGUACUGGUGGCCCAGUGACACCAGCUCUCUCGCCGUCAAGCUGGACUAGCCAAGGCCAGCAGCGCUUCAACUUCGGAUACAGCCCCGCAGCUGGCAUCUCGCAUCAUCGCCAGGGCUCCGCAUCAGCCACGUCGCAGGGUAGCUCGGAGGGCACUGGGUCAACAAUCUCUGUGGAGAGACAGCGCAAUGCUGCUGAUGAUGAGCUUGGCCAGCUCCUACGCAGGCUGAAUCUGAACAAGCAUCGCAGGAUCUUUCAAGAUCAGGAGGUUGAUGUAGAAACAUUCGUGAUGUUGACUGAUACUGAUCUACGAGAGCUGGGCAUUCAGUCGGGACACGACAGGAAGCAGAUUCUCCGUGGCAUAGCACAACUAAACAAGUAAGACGCCGAGCCUCGAGCUGGACAAGCAGCUUUUCAUCUGAGUCCCUGUCUGCAAUACAGCAGCCCUUGAAAGCUGCCUACUACUCCAGCAGGAUCAAGCACAUUCUCCAUCCUGCCACUGCCUCAGGAAUAACCUUAGGACGACUAUGAGCUUUCAAGCGCAUCCCUCCAUCCGUUUGAGCAAGCGCUACUUGACGGCUAGUGGCGGUAGUGACUGUACAGUAUGUGAAGAGUCUAACGUGCUGGUAUUGUGGUACAAUCAUUCACUAGAAAGGCGAUGUGCUGGGACUCGUACAUGCGAGCCACUCUCAACGCAUAUCACAAUGCUUGCAGUCAUGCCAUGGCAUCAGCAAUGCGGUACUACAUGUAGCUAGGUUCUGCAGAGGAACGUGGACGUAGUAAGUCUGUGAGGUAUGCCACCCCAAACAGAACACGAGUUGCCAUACACCGGAUUCUCCGGGCAGGAGUGUUCAUGAAUCACUUCUGACUAAUUACAGAGAUAAAACAACUGACAACGGAGCAAAAAAGACGUCAAAGCCAUAUCCGAUCAUAUUCUUUCAUAUCCUGUUAAAUUAUAUUGCUGUAUCUUAUCCUUCACUCUCUGGACUAGAUUCAUACAUACAUUUACUUCUUUGGAGUAUAUUUACUCCUUUGGAGUAUAUUAUAUCCCUUGUAUGUUCUCAAUGGUCACAAGUACAAAUUACAAUCAUACUA